UCACCAACCCUGUCCGUCACUUCAGUCCGCUGUCAAACUGCGUCCUGGCACAGCUGACUGGCCAGCAAGCUUUAUGGCAUUAGCUGUAUAGCCGUCCUGAGUAUGAAACAAUUUAAUAUUCAUUGACAAGGACCUAGAAAAGUAAUAUUAUAUAUGAAUAUAAAACUCGACGGGAGGUUAACAAUAGCUAACUGGGGGCGUUUGCGGACACGUAGGCUACGUAGCUAGCUAGCUAUCAUUAGCUAGCUAAGGAGAUACCGUUAAUGAUGUGAAACAGCUACCCAGAUAUUUCAUUUUGACUGGCUGCGGGUAAUAGUAACCGUUUUGUUGAAAUUCUGACCGUAACGCUGUCAGCUAGUUCACUUCAGCGAACUUCUCUAACACCGGUGCAAAAAAAGUAUUUCCCACGGGGUCUUCCAGGCUUCAUUGUUGCAAGGACAAGAACUUUACGGAGAGAGACUGCUUCGCCACUGACUGACUACAAUCUGCAACAAUGGGAUUACACCCGCUGGAGUUCAGCGAAUGCUACCUGGACAGUCCUUCUUUCAGAGAAAGAAUAAAGGCACACGAAGCGGAGCUGGACAAAACGAACAGAUUUAUAAAAGAAUUGUACAAGGAUGGCAAGAGUCUUAUCGGUGCUAUUAAACAACUGGCCUUGGCACAGCGCAAGUUCGCCCAUUGUCUGGCCGAGUUUCAGUUUGAGUACAUCGGAGAUGCCAAGACCGAUGAUGAGAAAUGCAUUGAUGAGUCAUUGCAGGAAUUUGCCUCUUUCCUGAAGAAUCUUGAGGACCAAAGGGAGCUGAUGACGAAAAACAUCACAGAGACACUGAUGAAACCUCUGGAGAAAUUCCGCAAGGAGCAGCUCGGCUCAGCAAAGGAGGAGAGAAAGAAGUACGAGAAGGAAACAGAAAAGUAUUAUAGCUCUCUGGAGAAGCUCCUAACUCUGUCAGCCAAGAAGAAGGAGCAGCAGUUACAGGAGGCAGAUCUUCAGGUGGAGGCGAUGAAGCAGCACUUUCAGGAGGAGUCGCUGGAGUAUGUCUGCAAACUGCAGGAAAUACAGGAGAGGAAGAAGUUUGAGUGCGUGGAACCUAUGCUGGCCUUUUUUCAGACAGUUUUCACCUUUUAUCACCAGGGAUAUGAGCUUGCCAAAGACUUUGACCAUUACAAAAGAGCGCUGCAGAUCAAUAUUCAGAAUACACGUGGUCGUUUUGAGGGCACCAGGUCAGAGGUCAUGGAGCUGAUGAUGAAGAUCAAAGACAGCCCUCAAGACCACAGACAGACGAGUCCCAUCAGUGUGGAGGGCUAUCUCUAUGUUCAGGAGAAGCGACCACCCCCAUUUGGGUCCAGCUGGGUAAAGCGAUACUGUACUUUUGUGAAAGAACAGAAGAUCCUGCACAUGGUGACUUUUGACCACAGAUCGGGGGGAAAGAUUGGUGAAACGGAGUCUGUCACAUUGAAGUCUUGCAUACGGAAAAUGAACGAUAUGCUCGACCGGAGGUUCUGUUUUGACAUAGAAAUAACAGACCGGCCAGGGGUGCUCCUCGCUGUGCAGGCACUCUCCGAAGACGACCGCAGGUUCUGGAUGCAGGCCAUGGGGGGCAAAGAGCCAAUACACUCUUAUGGGAGGACUUACUCGAGAGAAAGAGGAAUCGAUGCACAGUUGGAUGAAGUUGGAUUAGCAUUUGUGAAGAAUGCAAUUGCUGCCAUUGAAAAAAGAGGUGUCAAUGACCAAGGCUUAUACAGAGUGGUGGGGGUCAGCUCUAAAGUUCAGAAGCUUUUGACCCUGAUGAUUGAUGAGAAGGCUAGCAGUGAAGUGGAUCUGUCUGUCGCUGAAGAGUGGGAUGUCAAAACCAUAACGAGCGCAUUAAAGCAGUAUCUGAGGAGCCUUCCUGAGCCACUGAUGACGUCUGGACUUUACAAAGAGUUCAUUGUCCCAGCAAAGUGUGGAAGUCCGGAGUCUCGCGUGGAGGCCAUUCACUACCUGAUCCAUAAGCUCCCAGAGAAGAACCUCAUGGUUUUGGGGCUGCUGAUGAAACACCUGGCCAGUGUGGCAGCCCACUGCAAACAGAACCUGAUGACUGUUGCUAACCUGGGCGUGGUGUUCGGACCCACGCUCAUGAGACCUCAGGAGGAGACCGUCGCUGCCAUCAUGGACCUCAAGUUUCAGAAUAUUGUGGUGGAGAUCCUGAUUGAGAACCAGGAGAAGAUCUUUGGGGACUCUCCCGAUACGUCUCCCUCCACGACCGUGCCGUCCCUCACUGCCCCCACCCGGCAGUCCAGGAAGCAGAGCCGGCAGAACAGGCCCCUGGCGGUCUAUAAUCCUCCAGUGCAGGACAUGCAAACAGCCGACAGCUCGAACUGCACGGCUGACGGUGCGUCUUUAGGCAGCUCUGAGUCCGUGUCGUCAAAAUCCUCCAGCGCCUCAGCCUGUGGGACCCCCCCUGAGAAGCCCCCCGUCCUGCAGGGGAACGCGGGAGUCGUCUCCUCAGCGACUUCAGGACCCGCCUCCCCCGACGCCUGUCAAUCCACACCCUCAAACACUCCCACAAACCCAGCCCCGCCCACAACCGCAGCCGCUGAUGUGGACAAGCAGGAGAGCAGCCCCAACCGGAGGGCCAAGGCGGUGUACCCCUGUGAGGCUGAACACCAUUCAGAGCUCUCCUUCCAGGCUGGAGCCAUAUUCCUAGACGAUCUUGGCUCAGCACUACACUUCAGUUUGACGAUUCACAGCAGUUUGCAAAGCGCAUAAAAAUCCACAGGAAAGUCUCCGCGUCUCUUAUUUUUGUGUGGAAGAGGAACAGAGAUAUUGGACUCCGCAGGGUGAAACUUGCUAGGAGCGCAUGUUUUUUUUAGCCCUUGCCAUUUCUUUCCAAUCGCACAGACCGCUCCUAAUUCCGCUGACCCCCGCCUCCUGACCUCUGACCUGUGUGCGUGUCCCUUGCACAGUGACCGUCUCCCAGGAGCCGGGAUGGCUGGAGGGGGAGCUGGAGGGGAGACGGGGCCUCAUUCCAGAGAACUACGUGGAGAUGCUGUAGCCAGAGCCGCUAGCCGCUAGCCCCUUAUACAUGGUAUCCAUGAUCUCUGCCCCUGUGCAUGCUGACUCAUCCCUGCAUACUUUCUCUUAUGCACCACCCGCCCAAUCAGAUAUUUAUCAACUCGCACUUCCCCAAGACUACCAAAUAUCAUAUAUAAAGGGCCCUUACAGAAAUUUGAAUAUGCUGUUAUGUAACGUAUCAUGAGAAAUUUAUUUCAAAGCAACUUAUUUGUGAAUAAAGUUUAUAAACAUUUGCAGAUGUAUUGAAAGUUGCGGUAUUGAAAUGACAAAGAUUUAUAUAUUUACAGAUGUAUUGUAAAGUAUUGCAGUGUCUUGAUAAUAUAUUUAACUCAAUAUGUUUUCAGGAUAUUCUGUUUCUGUAAGGGGGAAGAAUCAAAUGUAUAAUUCAGUAUUUUGGAGAGUGGCAUUGUAACAUUGUGGUAUUCAGAACCAGUCUUCAUUUUGGGAAAUAUACAGAAUGACAGCAAUAUGUUAUUUUAAUGGUUACUGUCAUUUACAAAUGUUUGGAUGUUCUGCAUGAGUUUAAUAUUUGGAGCUGUAAUUCUCUAUUAGAGGCAGUGCGCAUAUAAAGUACUGUAGUAAUUGCACACAAUAGUGUCUUCUGGUUCACCAUGUCUGAAGCAAGACACAUUUAAUGGGAAAAUGUUGAUGAAAAGUGGAUGACUUCUCACAUAACUUUGUUCAGGGAUUCUGAACAGUUAUAAAAAAUGCAUAUAAUUGGAGCACUUUUUUGUGAACGUAAACUGAAAAUACCUGUUGCUCUGAUUAUUGAUUGCUGUUGUUUAGAUGAGUUUUUAUAUUUUUAUGAUCACAAGCACAUUUUAUCAUAUUUUAUCGAUCUGAGUUAAGUAUUAUAUUGCUAUGUUAGACAGACCUCAUAUGUAGGGCUUUGGUGUUCAGUUUAAUGAGAAAAAAAGCUUUGUCGAACAUGAUUUCAGUUUCUUCUACAAAGAACAACAUAUGUCCAGUUUGCUGAAGGUUUUUGCAAAGCAAUGUGAUGUCAAUUAACAGUUUUGCAGUAAAGUACCAUACCAAUAUUAUUGCAUGCACUCAUAAAACCUGGUUUUGAAUAUUACGAAUGUUGUUUUAAACCAGGAGCUUCUGCUUGGUUUGUGUUUGUUGUGGAAUGGAGUUGUGUUAAUUUAAGACAUCCAUUGAUUGAUUAAAAGUGCUUUACAUGUCUGUUUUGUAAUCAUAUAUCGAGGCAAAAAUGCAUUUAACGUUUGGUUAUCUUUCUAAUCAAUAAAAAAAAUAAAUAAAGAUUUUUAAAAUUCGU